AAAAGUGAAAGUUACGUCUCUGGUGUUCCCCUUUAUUCAGUUUGCGCUUCACAGACGACGGAAUGUCCAUUUCCUGGUGAAGGUUUCUUAGUCUUAUCUCUGGAUCUGGAUUAUUUCCUGUAUAAAUCAUGAACAAACCAAAGUGUCCUGGCUGUCAGGGGUCUGAUGAUAUCCGGAAGCUGGAUGGUCAGCGAGCGGUCUGCAAAUCUUGCUCUAAAGUGAAGCGGUGUGUGUUUCAGUUCUGCUGGGCCUGUCAAAGAGAAUGGCCACGGGAUGCUUCAACAACCAACUCUUGCAUGCUGCCAGACUGUGCGCUCCGUGCUGCCCUUCUCAGCGUCAAACUGAUCGAUGACCCGCAAAGUUCAGUGUUAGGGUGCCCUUAUUUCAGGGCAUGUCCGGGAUGCAAGGCCCUGCUUACACACAGCGGUGAGGGCUGCCCUAAUAUCAUCUGUCCAAACUGUGAUGAGGAGUUCUGCUUUCGCUGUCUAGCUCCAGAGUGCUACGAUGAUCAGUAUUAUGACAGUGACAAUGAGGAAGACAUCGAGCCAGAGCCCUGUGUGAUAGUAGACAACACUCAGAGCCUUCAAGAUCUGGGACUCUAGUGGACGUCUGUGAGGAGAAACUAAUAAAAAUACUAAUGUCGUCAUUUGCACAUUUAUUUGAUUUAAAAAUCAGCAAGAGAAAGAAGAUCACUAUAUUUUAAAAAGGCAAUUGUUACAGUCUUACUUUUAUCUCUAUAUGCUUAAAAAACUACAAGAACAAAACAAACAACAACCUUGCACU